AUGAGUUACGACAAGUUUGAAAAGUCGUCUUCGAACGGCCAUACUACCUAUGACGCGAUCCUCUCCGGCCAGGAAGAGACCUACUAUGAUCCCUCCAAGGAGUCAUGGGCCACGCGCGCAGGCCUCAACCUCGAGUCCUUCAAGCGCGCUCCCGGAAGUACUCGCGGCCUCAUCGCACACGGUGACAUCCCACCAGAGCUCCUUGCCUACGACAACCCGAUGCUCCAGCAGAAGAUGCGGCCACGUCACUUGCAGAUGAUUGCUGUCGGCGGUGCCAUCGGUACGGGUCUGUUCGUCGGCUCUGGUUAUGCUCUGUCGGUCGGUGGUCCCGCUGGUAUUCUUCUUGCCUGGACUAUUAUGGGUGUUAUGGUCUUCUUCAUCGCCCAAGCUCUCGGUGAGCUUGCUAUCGUCUACCCGGUUUCUGGCGGUUUCUUCACACUCGCCAGUCGCAUGCUUGAUCCUGCACUUGGGUGUGCUCUCGGAUGGAACUAUGCUUUCCAGUGGGCCGUCACUCUUCCUCUGGAAAUCACAGUCGCGACGUCUACAGUGAUGUACUGGCAGAACGCGGCCAACAUUCCCCUCGCCGCCUGGUACACCAUCUUUUUCGUCAUCAUCAUCAUUGGAGCCUUGUUCGGUACGCUUGGAUACGCAGAGACUGAGUUCUGGGUCUCGGCGCUCAAGCUACUCGUCGUCAUCAUGUUCCUUUUCAUCGCUGUCAUCUGCGUCUGUGGCGGUGGCCCUGCGGGGACUGUGUACGAAAAUUACAUCGGCGCUAGGUAUUGGCACGAUCCAGGAGCGUUCGCAAACGGUUUCAAGGGCGUGUGCAGCGUGUUCAUCACUGCCGCUUUCUCUUACGCUGGUUCCGAAAUUGUCUCGUUCGCAGCCACUGAGACGCCUAACCCCCGCAAGACCAUGCCCUCGGCUAUCAAGAACAUCUUCUGGCGUAUCGUCGUCGUAUAUCUCUCUCUUAUUCUUCUCAUCGGUUUCGCCAUCCCUUACGACGAGCCGCUUCUCGCGGAAGGUGUGGGUGCCAACGGCUCGCCCUUUGUCAUCGUUAUGCGCCGCGCCAGCAUUGGGGGUCUCGACUCGUUUGUCAACAUCACCAUCGUCUUUGCCGUGCUGGCCAUGGGCAUGUCGUGCAUUUAUGGUGGUUCGCGCCCCAUUGUCGCUCUCUGCGAGAUGGGUUACGGCCCAAAGUUCCUGACUUACGUUGACAAGUCGGGUCGCCCUCUCUUUGCUGUUGCCCUUAUUGUCGCUUUUGGCCCGAUCGCAUACCUCAACCUUAUUGAGAAAGCUGGCGAGAAGGUCUUCACCUGGCUCUUGGCGCUGUCCGGCCUCUCGACCCUGUUUACUUGGCUCACCAUCUGCCUCACCCACAUUCGUUUCCGCCGCGCGUGGGCCGUCCAAGGCCACUCGGUCGAGGAGCUUCCUUACCAGGCGACUGGCGGCGUCAUGGGCUCGUACCUCUCGGUCGUCCUCAUCGUCCUCAUCCUCAUCGCUCAGUUCUACGCCGCCGUCUGGCCCAUUGGCGAGAAGCCGACUGGCGCGGUGGCUGCCGAGGGAUUCUUCACGGUCUGGCUCUCGCUUCCCGUCAUGCUCAUCAUGUACGCCAUUAGUUGGGCAUAUAUCCGCACUUGGCCCAAGCGUGCCUGCGACAUCGACCUCGACACUGGCCGCAAGAGCUGGCUCACGGUCGAGGAGAUGCGCCAGUUCCGCGCCGAGCGCGCCUCCUUGCCUUGGUACAAGCGCCUCUACCGCCUUCUCUUUGCUUAA